AUGUUUAUUGAACCUAGUCCAGUCCCGCGAUUCCGGAACGUUGCACCUCCUCCGCCACCUUCACCGCCGUAUUUGAAUAUUCUUAUUCAGCAUGAGCAAGACCAUAACAACAAGCUGAUUAUUAAAAGUCCUACAACGGAUGAAGAUGAGCCCACCAUUUUCGCAUCCAGGGACUCGUUUAUCCAAUCUGAUUUACCAAUGAUUGAACAGCCAUUGUAUAACGACGAUGAUGAAGAAGAAAUGUUGUUUCUGAUGAACCAACAACAAGCCGAGAAACCUCGACUGUAUUUUAAUUCGCCACUGUAUCGUGGUCAAACAUUAAAGUUCUCAUUGCAGAAUACGAUACCUGAUGAUCACAUUAUUCUGUUUAAAUUCAUGACGAGUAAUACACUGCAACAACAACCAGAAAGAUAUUUUGUGCAACCUAGUGCUGGUAAAAUGGUGUCUUCAUCCAAUCAGUCUGAUAUCCUGUUAAUAUUGAAUCAGGUGCCAACAGAAUAUAUCAAAAAGGAUAAAAUCAUGAUUCGUUGGGCUGUGAUUCAAAAGAAUACCGAAAUUGAGAGAUGGGUGAACACUUUACAAGACUCCACAAGAAGAAAAUGGAUAGAUAUGCUGGAUGAAGAAUGGCCUAAUCAAGUGACAAUAAGAUUGACUAGAAUAAAAAUUCGUUUUUUGUAA